UAUAUAUGUAUAUACAUGGAUUACGAGAUUUUCUUGGGAAAAAGAAAAGGAAAAUAAAAAAGGGUAAUGGUUUUUGUAAUUACAUGUAAAUUCCAGAUCCAAAAGCUGGAAUUAAAGGGUCACAUGCUCUCUAAAAAUCUACCCCUCUCUUCCUCUUCUUCUUCGUCUGCUCUGUGUCCAGUUCAGUUCAACCAUGAAAGUACCGCCAUUACUCCUCUUUAUCUUCUUCUUCCUCUCGACUGCCACUGGGAGCAACACGACGCUGGACCCCAAACAGCUGAGAGCUCUCCAAUCACUCGACAUUCCAACCUCCAAGGAUCCCUGCACACAUACCAACACUUCCACCUCCUCCCUCCUCUGCGACUCCUCCUCUCCAUUCCGCCAUCUUCUCUCCCUUUCCCUCUCCAACUGCUCAUCUGAUCUCUCUCUUUCCUUCACAGCUCUCAAAUCUCUCGCUUCUCUCCAAUCCCUCCACUUCCUCUCCUGUCCUCUACUCCCUCCUCCCCGCUUUCCUUCUGACCUCUCUCUCUCUCUCCUCUCCUUCUCCGCCGUCCGCUCUUUCCGCCAUCUCUCCGGCGUCUUCCUCUCCCGCUUCGUUAACCUCACCGACCUCACCGUCUCCUACGUUCCCGUCAACACCUCCGGCCUCUUUGUCAUCCUUGGGAACAUGCACAAGCUCACUUCUCUCACCAUCUCCCAUGCUUCCCUCUCAGGAUUCAUACCCAAACACCUCCAUCUCAAUCUCACUCACAUCGAUUUGUCCGACAACAAGCUCAGAGGAAGAAUACCUACUUCGCUUACUGUGCUCGACGACCUUCAAUUUUUGAAUCUCUCGCACAAUGCGCUCUCCGGCGAGAUACCUUCCCAGUUCGGCGACUUGAUCUCGCUAACAAACCUCUCUCUCGCCUCCAAUUCCUUCUCUGGAUCGGUUCCAGAUUCUAUAUCGGCCAUUCCCGGCUUGGUUCAUGUCGAUCUGAGCGGGAAUCAAUUCAACGGAACGGUACCCAAGUUUUUCACGGAGGUGAGGAGCUUAAAGCACUUGAAUCUGGAGAACAACGAGUUCCAUGGGGUUCUGCCCUUCAAUGCCAGUUUCAUAAGGCGACUGGCUGUGUUCAAAGUCGGAGGAAAUGGAAAUUUGUGUUAUAACCACUCGGUUUUAUCAUCGAAACUGAAAUUAGGAAUUGCUCCGUGCGAUAAACACGGUUUCCCACUGUCGCCGCCGCCGGCGAAGGAGUCAGGAGACGACAGCGAGAGUGAUGCGUCAGAUUAUGAUGAUUCUGAAGACGAUUCAUCAAGCAGGAAAGAAGAACAUCACCACGGACCAAAUAAGGUAGUUCUUGGGGUGGCAAUUGGGCUUUCGUCUAUUGUGUUUCUCAUCGUUUUCCUGGUUCUUCUGUCAAAAUGGUGUGGGUGAAAUUGAAACUGGAAGAAAUAGUAAAGUUUCUGGAGUUUCAGGUGAUUAGGGUUUUAGAUUAUUGGUAGAUUAGGGUUUUAUUUAAUUUGAUUUAUUAUUAUAAAAUCAUCACACGAAAUUGAUUAUGGAUUAUGAAUUUGAAUUAUGAUGGUGAAGAGAAUAGUGGCAGAGGGAAAUCUAAACAAAAAGAAGGAGAGAAAAAUAGUGAAUGGCUGAUUGGCUGUGUCAUUUUUAUUCUUUUAAUUUUCUUGCCGGUGGAUUUCCAUUUUUAUUAGUUGUAGUCACGGAUAUAUAUAUAUAUAUAUAUA